AUGACCGUCUCUUCGGCGGUAGAGCCUCCAACGGCCGCUGAUUCUCAGCAGUUGGCAGGAACCGACUCAACAAGCAACAAAGGAGUGCAAUUCUGGCUAGUCUUUCUUGGCCUAUGUUUCGCAGGAUUUGUUGCUGCCACAGACAGCACCAUUAUCUUCACAGCCCUGCCGACCAUUGCCAACGACUUUGGCGGCCAAUCACAGUAUGUAUGGCUUGGAAAUGCAUAUGUCUUCGCAUCCACGGCCAUCCAGCCGCUAUAUGGCCAAGUGUCCAACAUUUUCGGCCGGCGCUAUCCCAUGCUUAUGUCGGUUGCGCUCUUUGCCCUGGGAAGUGGCAUCGCUGGUGGUGCAAACUCUACGGCCAUGUUUAUCAGCGGUCGCCUGGUCCAAGGACUCGGUGCUGGCGGUAUGAUCAUGUUGAUUGAUCUGAUCGUCUGCGAUCUCCUUCCCCUAAGGGAGCGCAGCACAUACCUGGGUACCGUGCUGGGAGCAUGUGCUGUGGGCAGCGUUUUAGGUCCAGUGAUCGGGGGUGCAAUAGUGACCCGUUCAACGUGGAGAUGGGCGUUCUGGAUAAACCUUCCAGUUUGUGCCCUAACGCUGGCUGUCAUGGUUCCUUUCUUGCGUAUCUCCUCGAGAAGAUCACCAUCGUGGGUGCACUCCGUGUCGCGGAUAGAUUAUUUGGGGAACACUGUCUUUGUCGGCUCCAUCACGUCUAUUUUAAUAGGUCUUGUCCAAGGCGGAGUGGUUUAUCCCUGGAAAUCAUGGCAGACCAUUCUGCCCAUCGUGCUCGGCUUUUCACAGCUCUCUGCGUCUGCUCUGACCUCCGGCCUCAAUAUUUUACCCAUCAACGCUUUCAUGAUCCCUAGUGGAGCUGUGGCAGGAGCAAUUCUCACAAAGACUGGCCGCUACAAGCCCUUACAUUGGGCUGGUUUCGGUGUGCUCGCCAUAUCAUGUGGUCUAUUCUCGACGAUGUCGUCAAGCACCAGCACAAUUGCUUGGGCUUGGUUUGAAAUCCUCGCGGGCAUAGGCAUCGGCCUCCCAUUGACGACGCAGCUUCCGGCCGUCCAAGCUGUACUUUCCGAGUCAGACACUGCAAUUUCAACGAGCACCUACUCUUUCGUCCGGUCAUUCGGCUUCGUCUGGGGCGCCACCAUUCCUUCAAUUGUGUUUAACAGCCGUGUCGAUGCCAUGCUUGGAUCAAUCACUGACACUAAAGUCCGCGCCGCACUAGCCGGCGGUGGUGCGUACAGCUAUGCACUCAGCGUUAAGGAUAUAACAGACCAGACUUUGCAGCAAACGCUUGAAGUAUAUAGGGAAGCUAUGCGAGUUGUCUGGUUUGUAGGCCUCGCCUUUGCCUUGGUGGGCUUCUUGUUAGUGUUUGCCGAGAAACACGUUGAGAUGCGCGUAACGCUAGAGACCGAGUUUGGCUUAAAGCAAGCAAAGCCGGCAGAAAAACAGAUAACUAACAAGUCGAAGGAGGGGGCGUGA